UUUGUUUCACAUAAGCUUUUGCUCAAGAUUUUCUCCCCUAGAUAAUUAUUCUUUCUUAUUUCAGUUAUUCAUGGUCAAGUACAAAGUUACAAUGUUAUUUAUAUUGUAUUUUUUAGUGGUACAUAUAACUUAUUUUUAUCUCUUUAUAAGAUGUACACAAAGCUUCAUGGGAUCGUAGGAGUAAGAAAUGAACUAGAUAAUGGAUAUUCGUGGACUCUGUUGCGGCGGAUGCAAGCAUCAACCUAUGCAAGCGGCAAUGAUUUACACAAGAUAGUCGAAUGCAACUGCAAAAUUGCAAUAGCCUGGACCGUUAUGGAUGAAAUAUUUUUGCCCAACAUUGAUCGAUUUACUGCUGUAAAUAUUGUCCAAAGUGUCGUCUACAGUCGUGGGUCUAACUUGAUGCGGAUGAAUUUUAAGCGAUUUUUUACUGCAAUAUUAGAACAGAAUGAUGAAAUCAUCUCUGUCGCAUCCUUAAGAGUGAAUGGAAACAAGCUAGCUGAGAUGCCAUAUGUAGGAACCCGCGAAAAUUACAGGGGCAAAGGAAUGGUGCAGAAACUACUUACUGCCCUCGACUCAGCUCUGUGCUUUCUCAAAGUGGAAAAUCUUGUGAUUCCAUCAGUACCUGAGCUUGUUUCAAUGUGGGAGGAAAAGUAUCAUUUUUCACCCAUUACCAAUAGCUUAAUGAAGGAUUUAAUCUCCACCAACACACUGAUGUUUCCCACUGCGGUUAGACUGCAGAAAUCCCUGGCCUUGCAGGCAACGGAAUUAGCUGAGAACAAACCAAAUGGAGUCAAUGAAAAUGCAAAAAUCGCACUUCCUGACUUGAAUGUUGAACCCCCAGAAGUGGAUGCUAAUUGAUAUCAUCUUCUGUUUCAGUAUGGCUUGUACAUCUAGCUAGUUUUCAAGCUCUUUGUGUUCUGAUGUUAUAAUAAACUCAAGUCUUUGCAGCAAUCUUUCCAUUGCUGGCUUAUUAUGUAA